AUGUCCGGGGCCAAGUCUGCCCAGGUUGUUGGCGACAUGAAUGCAACGACGGCCAAGUUGACAUCUAUUCGGACAUAUGCCGAUAAGAUCAACGAAGACAACGCGGCGUCGAUCUCCCCAGAGGAUCCCUAUGCUCCCCUGGUACCCAAGAAAAUCUCCCUAGGCCUCCACGACCUGAAUCCUUUGAUCAGCACGAGCUUGGAACACGCGGGAGGCAUGCAGGAGGUGCCGGCCGGCCCCGAGGGCGAAACCAUCUAUGAAGCUUUUCGGGACUAUGUCAAGGCGUACCGGGACCUGCUCGAGAUUCUCACAGCCAGGGUGACCGAGUUUAGUACCUUUCCCAUCGUGGGCAGCCACAUUGCAAACCCCCUGCGAUCGCAGGACAGCAUGAACGUCGCCCUCUGGCUGACGAUCAAGGGCAAGGUGCCGAGCAAGUCGACGGACUUUGAGAAUCAGGGCGAAAGCCUUCGCGACACCAUGGAAGAGGCCAUCGAGGCGCACAGCGGUGAGCUUUACAGCUGA